ACAAAUGAUAAAUUUUAAAAAUUGAGAGUAGGGUUUUUAAUUUAGAUAUUUUAAAAGCUAUGUAUAAAAACGGUUUCUUAUGUGGUUGGUUUCAGAAUCUCGCACUCUUAAACUGCAACUGAAGCUUGUUCGUGCAACAACUGCUAUUGCAGCAGCAAACCCAUUUUCUCUGUUCAACUCUCUUUGUACUUCUACCUGCUCUCAAAAUCUAGAAGAGGAGAAUAAGAUUCAACAAACCCAUAAUUUGUUUUUGCAAGAUUUAAGCAAAAAAAUGGCAACAAAUUUGGAUGAUUAUACAGUUAUUAAGGAAGGUGAAGCUGAGAUUCUUAUGCAUAAGAAGAAUACAGUCUUUUAUAACAACGCUCAGGUUAAUAACAGGGAUUUAUCCAUUGCUGUUUUGAGGGCAUUUAUAUCGAAAAGGAAGCAAGAAUAUGAAGCACAUUUGUUGAAGAUAGCAAAUAGGGCAAAGAAAGCAUCUGAAAAUGAUUCUUCUGAAUCAGCUGUGGAGGAAGUUGAUAACAAAACUCCACCAGAAGAUCAUAAAACAAAUGGCAAAUGUGAAUCAGUGGAAGAGGCAUCUCCUGUGGAAUCAUGCACUACAAUGGAAGGUUCUGUCAAGAUCGAUGAAGAAUGUGAUGCUGACGAAGAGAAAAUUGAUCAGUCGGAAUUAAAAGGACCAAAGGAGCUGAAGCCACCGAUAGUUCUUGAGGCCUUGUCAGCUUCUGGGUUAAGGGCUCUCAGAUAUGCUCGCGAAAUAGAAGGGAUCGGUCAGGUUAUUGCUCUGGACAACGAUCCAGCAUCUGUCGAAGCUUGCAGAAGGAACAUUAAAUUCAACGGUUCAGUUGCAGUUUCCAAAGUGGAGUCUCAUCUUGCUGAUGCUCGCGUGUAUAUGCUAGAAAACCCUAACAAAUUUGAUGUGGUUGAUCUUGAUCCAUAUGGUUCACCUUCUGUGUUUCUCGAUUCAGCAGUUCAAUCUGUUGCUGAUGGAGGUAUACUGAUGUGUACCGCAACAGAUAUGGCUGUACUCUGCGGAGGAAACGGGGAGGUCUGCUAUUCAAAGUAUGGAUCGUACCCGACGAGAGGGAAAUAUAUCCAUGAAAUGGCCUUGAGGAUUGUUCUUGCUUCCAUUGAGAGCCAUGCUAACCGAUACAAGCGGUAUAUUGUUCCUGUGCUAUCUUUUCAAAAGGACUUCUAUCUUCGUGUUUUUGUUCGUGUAUACACUUCUGCAAGUGCUAUGAAAGACACUCCGUUAAAGCUUUCAUAUGUUUAUCAGUGCACUGGUUGCGAUUCUUUCCACCUUCAACCCCUUGGGAGGUCCAUUACCAAGAAUACUAGUGUCAGACAUUUGCCCGGAUUCGGUCCUGUUGUUCCUCAAGAAUGCACUGAUUGUGGGAAAAAAUUUGUUAUGGGUGGCCCUAUAUGGUCUGCUCCUAUCCAUGAUCAAGAAUGGGUAGCUUCUAUUAUAGCAGACGUAAACCGUAUGAAAUCCAAAUAUCCAGCUUACGAACACAUAUCCGCUAUAUUGAAUACAAUAUCAGAGGAAUUGCCAGAUGUUCCUCUAUUUUUGAGUCUGCACAGCCUUUCUUCAACCCUUAAAUGCACAUCUCCAUCGGCAGUUCUGUUCCGUUCGGCUGUGAUCAAUGCUGGAUAUCGUAUCUCUAGAACUCAUGUUUGUGCAUUAGGGCUUAAAUCAGAUGCACCAAUGGAUGUUAUUUGGGAUAUAAUGCGCUGCUGGGUAAAAAAUCAUCCUAUUAAAGGUCAGCCAGCAGAUCAACCAGGAAGUGUCAUACUUGCAAAGGAACCUGUUCUGCAGGCUAAUUUUGCUCGAGCUGUAGCGUCUCUCAGCAAGGCGCAAGCAAAGAAAGUUGCGAGGUUUCUUCCAAAUCCUGAAAAACAUUGGGGUCCAAAAUUAAGGGCGGGACGCACAAUCACUAGCAAGCAUAUCUCCCUCUUAGGUGAAGCAGCACUUAAUGGAGUUCUCAACCAUGAAGAAAAUAAUGAAGAAGAACCCAAAAGUAAGAAGCCAAAGACUGAAGAAAAUACUUCCACUUCUUAGCUCAUAAAAUCAGAUUCUUGAAAUCAAUUUUCACGAGAAAAAAAAGUCUACAUUUUUUGGUUACUAAAGAAAGCCUAUUUGUUUUCAUCAAAUUUUGCAGAGUGAGCUGAGCUAAGAUAUCUUCUAGUUAAUGUGCCUCUUUGCUCAAUGAAUAAUUAAGUUAAAUUUUGGAGCAAGAUUAAGGCAUAUAGCAUCAAAUUUGAUAUUUAAAUCUGUUCUUUUUAUUUUUAUUUUAAUUGUAUUUUGAAAAUUUGUAUUUUGUUAAACAUUAGUUGUUUUUUAAUUGAAUUUUGAUUUGGUGUUUCA